CAUCUUGUAAGAAGUGAUGUGGGAUGUAUUGAAAUAAAUGUUGUGGAUCAUAUGAGAGGAAUCUUCAUUAUUUCGUCUGCAACUUCAUCAGAAUAUGAACUCGUGCGAGUUUUAAUCUUUGAAAGAUAUAAAGGAAGAUUUUUGCGUCAAGUUCUUUUCAAAGAUGAAUUUUUGAUUUAUGAAUAA